AUGCACCCUGGUCCCCAUGCACCCCACUACCAGCAGAGAGCCCUGUGUGCCCUGGCGCAUCCCAGCCCCCGGCGGAGGCGGGUCGGCCCCGGCCCCUCCCGGUGGGCAGGGGGGCGGCUCCCGGGGGCGCGCCCCGCGCAUGCCCGGCACCGCCCGUUAAAUACCGGCGGGCCGGGGAGGACCGGGACCGCCGCUCCUGGGAUCGCCGCCGCCUCCGCCUCCUCCACCAUGGCCAGCGAGGGUGAGCCCGGCCGCCGCCGCUGCUGCUGCACGCAGGAUGCGCUCGAUGUCCCCAAGGCCACCGAGCCCCGGGGUGACAGCGACGGCCCCCGCCGGGGCUCACUCUCCGACCGGCACUACGCCGCCAUCAACAACGUGCAGGGGGACCUGGGGGACCUGGGCUGCCACCUGCACCGUCCCCGCGUCCCCCCAGCCAUGUGCCCCCCGUCCUGCUGCCAGCAGCACUCAGACGAGGUCUGCGAGAGCUGCGUGGUGAAAACCACCCUGACGGCCGAAAAUGCCGUGGAGGCUAACAAGCUCUCCAAUAACUACAAGUUUGGCUUCAAGAAAUGGAAGAGCCACGUGACGGCGCGGCCCUGGGAGGACCGAUCGGAGAUCGUCAAGGAGCUCUACUCUGACCUCAAUGUCAUCCGGGGCUCUGGAGGGUCCACGGUGACGUGUGGUAACGUCCUCUACCUGCUGCUCUUCGGCUGGUGGCUCUCGCUCCUCUACGUCCUCGUGGCUGCCGUGAUGUUCAUCACCAUUGUGGGGGCUCCUUAUGGGUGGCUCUGCUGGGACCUGGCCGGGUAUUUCCUCUGGCCUUUCGGCAAAGUGAUCCAGAAAGUGGAGGUCCCCAGAUCCCGCCGGGCGCUGGGUGCCUGCGAGGCCGGUGCGGAGCCAAGCGGCGCAGGGGAGAGCUCAGCCCUGCUCGGUGGCCCUGUGCCGCGCCGCUGGCGCCCAUGGUGCUGGGUGGACGCCGGAUACUGGCAGCGUGCCGGUGCCGUGGCAUGGCUGUGCCUGGGCUACCCGGUGCUGGCAGUGGCCCACGGGCUGGUGUGUGUCACCGCGUGGCUCCUCAUCGUCCUCAUCCCUGUGGCCAAGCUGAGCGCCCGCACUGCUGCCCGCGUCCUGCUGCUGCCCCCGGAGCGGGUGCUCAUCCGGCGCCUGAGGAUGACGGAGGUGCCGCUGGAGGGGGAGGUGAUCCUCUGCUGCUACCGCGCCGUCAACCCCUACUACUACAAAUACGCCGUGGAUGGCAUCAAUGUCUUCGCCGUCAACCUGCUGCCGCUGGUGCUGGUGACGCUGGUGCUGGGCUAUGUGGACAGCCACAACCGCCUGACCAGCUCCCCCGUCAAGUUCACAUUGGCCCUGCUCUCCAUCAUGCCUCUCUCCUACUACAUCGGGAUGGCCAUUGCCAGCAUCUCGGCCCAGAGCAACUUUGCGGUGGGAGCGGUGGUGAACGCCACGUUCGGCUCCAUCACGGAGCUCACCUUCUACAUCACGGCCCUCAUCAAGGGCUCACGCGAGGGCAACCGCUGCUACGCCGAGAUUGUCAAGUCGGCAUUGACGGGGACGCUGGUGGGCUGCGUCCUCUUCGUCCCGGGUCUGUGCAUGGUGAUUGGGGGCAUCCGGCACCAGGAGCAACGGUUCAACAGCCGCUCGGCGGGCGUCAGCUCAGCCCUGCUCUUCCUCUCUGUGGGAGGCGUCUUUGCCCCGACACUCUUCUCCAAGGUGUACGGGAAGCUGGUGUGCGGCGAGUGCCACAACGUCACCCAGAACCCGCUGGGCCACUACCUCUGCCACAACUGUCACUUCGACCUGAUGGAGAACAAUGGCACCCUCUACUACAGCCACGUCCAACCCCUGGUGUACACAGUGUCCCUCCUGCUCCCCGCCGCCUACCUCAUCGGCCUCUUCUUCACCCUGAAAACUCACUCGCACAUCUACGACAUCCACAUCAGCGACUGUCACAUGCCUGGCCACCACCACAGCGCUGUGGUCCACUGGUCUCGUUGGCGAGCCCUGGUCAUCCUCCUGCUCUCCACUCUCUGCAUGUCAGCCUGUGCCGACCUGGCCACGGAGCACAUCAGCCCCAUCCUCACCAACUCCACCAUCUCGCAGUACUUCAUCGGUGUCACCGUGCUGGCGAUGGUGCCUGAGCUGCCAGAGAUUGUCAACGGCAUCCAGUUCGCCCUGCAGAACAACCUGAGCUUGAGCAUUGAGAUUGGGAACUGCAUCGCCGUCCAGGUCUGCAUGCUCCAGAUCCCCAUCCUGGUGCUCUUCACCAUCUUCUACCCGACCAACUUCACGCUUGUCUUCAGUGACCUCCACGUCUAUGCCAGCAUGUUCAGCGUGGUGCUCAUGAACUACAUCUUCAUGGAUGGCAAAUGUGACUACUUCCAAGGCACGGUGCUGGUGAUGGUCUACUUCAUCCUCCUGGCUGUGUAUUUCUUUGCCCCAUCGCCCAGUGGUUGCUGAGGUUUGGACUCUGCUUUCUCCAACCCUCCAGUUGGGUUCAGCGUUCGUCAGGGCGUUACCCGGUGUCUCAGGGACUCGGCCGGGCUGGCUCCGGUCUGGAAGCAUUGUUUGCUGAAGCUCCUGCUGCUGCCUGGCUCCCCCGGUGGGGUGCCAAUGGGGCUUCAGUGAUGGGAAGGGUGGUGGCCACAGGAACACUCCUGAACCAAGAAGGAGCCUCAAUGCCAGAGCACCUCACAGAGGUAUUUCCAGCCCACGCAUGUGUGGCUGGGAGGAAAAUUGUCCUUGGUGGAGGGUCUUGAAGGGGGUUUCUGUGUGGUCUCGAGGACAGAGCCCUCCCCUGGGACAUGUUGCACUGGGAGAAGGUGCCUGAGAAGAGCCUUUCACCCUUCCAGGCAGUGGGUGAUCCUGGGCCUGGAAGGGACUCGGGUCUGGGGAUCACACAGGGCUUCUUGAUGGUACUAGAAAUGCACCAAAAGGUAUUUUUCAGCUGUUUUGUCAUUAAAGCAGUUUUGUACAAAU